AUGGAGUUGGCGCUUCUCCUCCUCUUCCUCCUCUUCCUCCUGUCCGGGUGUCUGCCGUCCCAAUCUGCUGUCCCCGCCCCAGAUAAGUUUGUGUCGUUGGCUGAGAUGGAGGACGCUCUGCUGAAGAACCUGUUCCAAGGCUACCAGCGCUGGGUCCGACCCAUCCAGCGUGCCAACGACACCAUCAAAGUCCGCUUUGGUCUCAAGAUCUCUCAGCUGGUUGACGUGGACGAGAAAAAUCAACUUAUGACCACUAAUGUUUGGCUCACUCAGGAGUGGAUUGACUUCAAGCUUAGAUGGAACCCGGAUAAAUACGGUGGGAUCACCUCCAUCAGAGUUCCUUCAGAAAACAUUUGGCUCCCAGACAUUGUCCUUUAUGAGAAUGCUGAUGGGCGGUUUGAAGGCUCCCUGAUGACCAAAGCCAUUGUGAAAUAUAAUGGUGCCAUCACCUGGACACCACCAGCCAGUUACAAAUCUGCCUGCACCAUGGAUGUUACUUUUUUCCCCUUUGACCGGCAGAACUGCUCCAUGAAGUUUGGGUCCUGGACCUACGAUGGGCACAUGGUGGACUUGGUUCUCAUGGACAACCACGUGGAUCGGAAAGACUUCUUUGAUAACGGGGAGUGGGAGAUACUCAGUGCCACUGGUGCCAAAGGGAACAGGAAGGACGGCUUGUACUCCUACCCCUUCAUCACCUACUCCUUCAUCCUGAAGAGACUGCCGCUCUUCUACACGCUCUUCCUCAUCAUUCCCUGUUUAGGUUUGUCCUUCCUGACGGUCCUGGUCUUCUACCUCCCCUCGGACGAAGGAGAGAAGUUGUCGCUCUCCACCUCUGUCCUGGUGUCGCUCACUGUGUUUCUCCUGGUCAUUGAAGAAAUCAUCCCCUCCUCCUCCAAGGUGAUCCCGCUCAUCGGGGAAUAUCUGCUCUUCAUCAUGAUCUUCGUCACCCUCUCUAUCAUUGUUACCGUCUUCGUCAUUAAUGUGCACCACCGCUCCUCGGCCACCUACCACCCGAUGUCUCCGUGGGUUCGCAACCUCUUCCUUCAGAAGCUGCCCCGGUUGCUCUGCAUGCGAGGACACACAGACCGGUACCACUACCCAGAGCUGGCUCCUGAAAGUCCUGAGCUGAAGCCUCGCUCUGGAGGUCGGAGGGGAGGCCAAAGGGCGAGCGGCAGCGCCUUUGGACAGACGUCUGACGGGAAGGAAGAAGAGGCUUGGUCCACCAUGUUGGAAAGAGCCAUCUAUUCAGUGCGCUACAUCAGCAGACACAUCCGGAAGGAGCACUUCAUCCAUGAGGUGGUUCAAGACUGGAAGUUUGUGGCCCAGGUAUUAGACCGGAUCUUCUUGUGGGCCUUCCUUACCGUCUCCAUCCUGGGCACCAUCCUGAUCUUCACUCCAGCCCUGCAGAUGUUCAUGAAAAUCCCUCCUCCGACUACGAACGAGGAUGCACCUUCAAACCCGUUACAAUAAUCACCACUCAACAUCUACAAUCUAUAAACUCUACCAAAUGUUUCAAAUGAGCGAGAAGAAACCGUUACUGGUCCUUUUUUACUGGAGUUGUUUUGAUAAUUUGAUUUUUGAUCCUGUAUAUAGAAUGUCAUGUUUGUACAAAGUAUAUGGAAUCACAUUUUCACAACAGCACAACACAUUUUUUAUGGAUGAAUGAAACAAGAUAUAGGUGAUGGUUAGAGCAGCAGUCAGAAGACAUUUAAACACAAAUUGAAAUUCAGGUCACACGUUCGGCAUUUAGAAAAUGGGAUUUA